GGGACGGCCGGCUCAGCAGAGUCCGGUACCAGAGGGCCAGACGGCAGGGCUCCUGCUGGUGCUGGUGCCAGUGAGGCUGCCCGAGGAUGGUGAUGCCCAGGGUCCUGGGGACCCUGCUCCUGCUCCUGCUCCUGCUCCUGGCCUCAGGUAUGCAAACAGAACCACCAGAACCACCGAGAAGCAUCUGCCUGGGGCUCAGCGACCUCGCAGGCCACUACGACAAUUUAGGCUUGAACGAUGCAGCUGAGUGCUCCAGGAAGUGUCAGCCGGGGAAGAGUGACACCUGCAAUGUGGGAAACCUGCAAAGUUACUGGCUGAAUUACGAGACCCAUCUGGUGGAGGAGAAUAAGACGAAUACAGUGAAUAUGUCUUUCGUGAAGGUUUUGGUCCAGAACUUCAACACCAACCUCUCUGAAGACCUGCACUUCUCUCUGGAACCCUCUCAGAUUCCAAUGCAGGUGACGGCAAAGGGUGAGGACAAGCCCCCCAAUGGAGUCCGACUUCCCAGGAGCCUUUUCAGGUCCCUGCCAGGCAACAGGUCGGUGGUCCGGCUGGCCAUAACUAUACUGGACAUCAGUCCAGGGAACCUCUUCAAGGGCUCGCAGCUCAGCCUGGGGGAUGGCAGCCACGUGCUGAACAACCGCCUGGUGGGGCUGAGUGUGGGCCAGACGCCUGUCACCGGGCUGCCCGAGCCUUUGGAGCUCGUCUUCUCUCACCAGGACCAGAGAAACAUGACCUUCACCUGUGUAUUCUGGGAUGUGACUAAAGGGCCCACAGGAGACUGGUCUUCCAAGGGCUGCUUCACGGAGCACAAAGCCCAGAGGACUAUCUGCCACUGUGACCAUCUAACCUUCUUUACGCUGCUGCUGAGGCCCGUCUUGGACAAGGCCACCGUGCAGGCCCUCACACGCAUCUCCCAGGCGGGUUGCGGAGUCUCCAUGGUCUUCUUGGCUUUCACCAUUGUUCUCUACAUUGCUCUCAGCCCUGGCCUAGGACACCGCCCCCACCCCCAACAAGCUGAGCCGGACUUGCCAGCUGGCUGCGUUGCUGGACCCUGUGAGCAGCCAAGCUUGGAGCGCCAGGAGGAAUUGUCGGCAGCACCCAAAGGUGGGGCCUGGUAUCUCAGGUUCUCCCGGCAGAGAUUCAAGUCAGAAGAUGCCCCCAAGAUCCAUGUGGCCCUGAGCGUGAGCCUGUUCCUCCUGAACCUGGCCUUCUUAGUCAAUGUGGGGAGUGGCUCGCAGGGGUCCCACGCUGCCUGCUGGGUCCGGGGGGGCAUCCUCCAUUACUUCCUGCUCUGUACUUUCACCUGGAUGGGCCUAGAAGCCUUCCACCUCUACCUGCUCGUCAUCAGGGUCUUCAACACAUACUUCGGCCAUUACUUCCUGAAGCUGAGCCUGGUGGGCUGGGGCCUGCCUGCCCUCAUGGUCAUUGGCACUGGGAGUGCCAACAGCUAUGGCCACUACACCAUCCGCGACAAGGAGAACCGCACUUCGCUGGAGCUGUGCUGGUUCCAAGAGCAGCCUGCCGCCCUCUACAUCACCGUCCAUGGCUACUUCCUCCUGACCUUCCUCUUCGGCUCCAUGGUGCUGGCGCUGGUGGCCUGGAAGAUCUUCACUCUGUCGAGUGCCACUGCUGGCAAGGAGCAGGGGCAGAACAGGAAGGGGCUCGUCACCGUGCUGGGCCUUUCCAGCCUGGUGGGCGUGACAUGGGGGCUGGCCGUGCUCACGCCCCUCGGCCUGUCCACUGUCUACAUCUUCGCACUUUUCAACUCCCUGCAAGGUGUCUUCAUCUUCUGCUGGUUCGCCAUCCUCUACUUCCCAAGCCAGAGCACCACGUCCUCAUCUUCUGGCACAGCCCGACUGGACCAGGCCCACUCCGUGUCGCAUGAAUAGGAGGAUGCAGCCCUGCAUGCCGGACUCAGCAAACAACCCACUGUGUGACCUCGGGUGGCUCCCUGCCUCCCUCGGGGACUCAGUCGCCUUCUCUGUACAGUGUGGCUGAGGAGUGUGGGCAUGGGGACCAGGCAGGACCAUGUGGCCUCAAUGGUCCGUCCACACAGGCAGGUUUGCAGCAGUCAGGUUCCUAUGAUCCUGAGGCCUCUCCCAGGCAAGAGCGAGGCUUCAUCUGCCCCUCCCCUGCCUUCCAGCAGAGCGGCCUUUCUCUGUCAUCGCCCACCUUCCGGUCUGAGCAAGGACCUGAACCCAAAGAAGGGUGCCCAUUAUUGGCACAGCCUGUCGAAGGAGUCCAAUCUCUCUCCCUCAUCCCCUCCAUUAUUCUCCCACAACUCCACCGUCUGCUACCUGCCUUGUGAAGGUAUCCUGGAAGUCCUUGUCCCUUCACACAUGGGGACAGGCUGUGGACUAGAGGGUUUUUUUGGGGGGGAGUGUGGAUCCUCCCACCCAGCCUGCCCUACCUCUGCCUGUCCCAUCAAGGCCUGUUCUUGUGGAAAGGACUCCACCAUUCAGGAGGUUUCCAGCCCUCCACCGUCCGGGGACACUGAAUUUCAGAGAGGGCCCCAUGGUAGGUGUGUUACCUCGAACAAGUCCCCUAACUCCUGGUUCUGACUGCCUUGUGGUAGGCUGACCUCUGACCUGCUGCCAUCAUGGGGGUGGGAGACAAAGGAUUCAGGGCCCCACACACCAGGGGGCUCCUCAGUCAGUGUUUGGGGCUAAGGCAUUUCCACCAGAUUCUGGGCUCCCAUGGAGCCUCACUCACAGCCUCACUCACUG